CUCCGCUUCACAGUCCGAUCGAUCCCAGCGAUCUCGCUAAUCCUACACAAUGGCCUUCAAGUUCGUCGUCCUCGCCGCCCUCGUGGCCUGCGCCAGCGCUGGACAGAUCGCCUACUCUGCCGGACCAGCCGUCGCCUACUCUGCUGGCCCAGCUUUGCACGCUGCUCCAGUGGCUUACGAGGCACACGCCGCCCCCAUCGCCUACAAAUCCUACGCCGCCGCUCCCAUCGCCUACAAAUCCUACGCCGCAGCGCCCGUUGCCUACAAGACCGUCGCGGCUGCUCCCGUUGCCUACGCAGCCCCAGUCGCCAAGGCCGUCGUCACCAAGACCGUCGACGCCGAGUACGACCCCAACCCUCAGUACAGCUACUCUUACGAUGUCAACGACGCCCUGACCGGUGACUCCAAGACCCAGGAGGAGCAGCGCGACGGUGACGUCGUCCGCGGCAGCUACUCCCUCGUCGAGGCCGACGGCACCCGUCGUGUUGUCGAGUACACCGCCGACCCCCACAACGGAUUCAACGCCGUCGUCCACAAGGAGCCCGCUCAGGUCGCCGUCAAGGCCGUCCACGCCGCCCCCGUAGUCAAGGCCGUCCACGCUGCCCCCAUUGUCAAGGCCUUCCACGCCGCCCCAGCUGUAGCCACCUAUGCUGCCCCCGCCCUGGCCUACAAGUCCCACGGCGCCUACUACUAAAUAAGUCUCUGACAAUGUUUAGGCUUGUGAUAUGUAUUAUUUUUGCAGCCUACCUGCACCAACAGUCUGACUAUAUGUAAAUUUAUUGCUUCCUGCUGUUUCUCCACUAUGCACACGAACGACGAUCUUGUUAUAACAAGGCUAUUUGUAUUUGCGUACCCUAGGUAUAGGCCUGUGAAAUAAGUUUGUAAAUAUAUCGAAUAAAAUUCUUUUCAUAGUUCCCAUAUUUAAA